ACGACAUCAGUCGUUGCAACAGACAAUAUGACGUUUGUGCAAAGACUAUUCAAUUUUGUGUCAAUCACAUGCUCUCUGUUUCUCUAUUACAACUAUCAGUUGCCCGCACAAGACAAAAUCCUGAGAGAGUACUAUAUCCAGGUUGCACCAAGCGUUGCCGAACUGGUUGGAAAUGUCUCUCUUUACCUCAUCAACAGCCAUCCUGCUGUAGAGUAUCCGAGGCCAUACACUCCAAAUAUCAUCCCCAUCGCAGGCAUCACUAUUUCUCCUGACAGGACACCACUUCCCAAGGAUCUCAAGAAAUUUAUGGAUGAUGCCAAGGAAGGAGUUGUGUACUUCAGCUUGGGGACAGUUGUGCCAGUUCAUUUCCUGCCAGAGAAGCUGCUUCAAGCAUUUGUUAACGUUUUCAAGAAACUACCACAAAAAGUUAUUUGGAAAAAUUGAUCUCGACAGUAUUCCAAAUCUCUCCACAAAUGUGUUGCUCACAAAAUGGGCACCUCAACCUGGAGUGUUAGCUCACCCAACUGUGUCUUGUUCAUGACACAUGGAGGAGCAUUCAGCCAGCAGGAAGCCAUCCAUGCAGGAGUACCAACUGUUGGUAUUGCAUUUUUUGGAGAUCAGCCCUCCAAUGUCAAGUUUGCAGAGCAUUCUGGUAUUGGUGUCAGCCUAGCAUUUGACAACAUUUCAGAGGAAUCUAUCUCUGCAGCAAUUAACAAGGUUCUGAAAAAUCCCAAGUAA